AUGUUAAGUCCUGAAUCAGUCUAUGAAAAUGCAGCUGACAAAUUUAGUGCUUCAAAACUAAUAGAAAGGUCACAAUUCAGAAAUGACUAUUUUAAAUUGAAUUAUAGUUCAAUUCUUAAUAAGUUUAAUAAGACUUAUAGAGACAAUUAUAAAAUAGAAACAGCAACAGAAAGUGCAUCUAUAAGCAGUAUCACUACUCUACUUCAAUUGUCAGAAAGUGAAGAUAAUAAAGAUGAAUAUUCUAAAGGUUAG